AUGAAAUAUUCAAUUCCACUUUAUUUUAUACUCUUUAUAUCAAUUAUUACUAUUAUUAAUGUAAAUUCGGCAAAAAAACCACCAAAAAAACCAACAACAAAAGAAAAAAAAAUAUGGAAACCAUUGAAAGUACCAUUGAAUGGAACUCUGGUAACAAAAUUAGGAAAAAAAGGAGUAGAUUAUUACAACAAACAACAUAAUAAAACUUUAAUAUAUAUAAAUGUUACAUCAGGUGAAAGAUGUGGACAUUUAAGUAGUAAAAACAAAAAAAUAAGAGUUACAGUUUUGGUUGGAAAAACAUCUAAUGGUAAAAAAGGCAGUACUUCCUGUAAUCAUCUUCGUGCAGUAUUUAACGUAACAAAAAAAGGUGGAGAAAAAAUAAUAUUAGUAAAGCUUCUCAAAACAAAUGUAACAGGAAAUUGUAAUAUCAAAGGCAAAGACAAAGCAUCACAAAAAACUACAAAAAAACCUACAACAAAAAAAAAUAGCAAAGGAAAAAAAAAUUAA